ACUACUUUGUAUCUCAUAUCCUCCUGUGGAUCGCAGCCCAGCGAUCUCUGCUAGGCUGUAAUUGAGUAGACGCUGAUUGGGGACUGCUCAAAUCCGUGUCAUGGAGCUCCGGGAGCCCCUAAUGGACGCCGAGGACGGCACGCGGCCGAGCUUGCAAGAUGACUUCGCUUACAGGAAUUGCGUCGCGAAAGCGAAUGUUGUCAUCCGCAUGGGCUUUUUGCGGAAGGUUUACGGCAUCCUAUCGGUGCAGCUGCUCGCGACGGUGUUACUCACGGCGACGUCGAUGUCGAUCCCGGCCGUAAAAUUAUUCAUCAGCGAAAAUCAAUGGAUGGUGCCCCUGAGCUUCGUUUGCUCAAUGAUCACUCUGUUCGCCCUGAUCAUUAACCGGCGGGAGACGCCUAGGAAUUACGUGUUGCUGGGGAUCUAUACAGUUCUUCAAGCCUACACCAUAAGCGUCGUGGUCUCGUUUUACGAUCAGCUCGUUGUCCUGCAAGCAUUCCUAUUAACGCUCGGAGCUACUGCCGCUUUGACAGCCUAUACCUUCCAAACUAGGAAAGACUUCACGACCAUGCCAGCUGUGCUACUGUCGUUUCUUCUCGUCUUGGUCUGCGGGCAGUUCAUGAAUGCCUUGUUCCCGUCUUCUUCUGGCGAAUUCGUGGUCUCAGUUUUCGGCGCAGCGCUCUUCUGUGUUUUCAUCAUUGUCGAUACGCAACUCAUAAUGCAAAGGACUUCCGCGGAGGACUACAUGCUGGCUACGGUUGACCUCUAUAUGGACAUCCUGAAUCUGUUCCUCCAUAUCUUGCGAAUUCUUGGUGAAAGAAAGUAGCACAGAUAAUUCACGCGAUUGACAUAAACGGUUGAAUUCAACUCGAGCCCAAUGGACGGGUGUGAUUCAGUAUUGAGAUGCAGAGAGACGCUGGUGGCGGGUGACGCAGAAGGAAGGGUAUCAUGUUGAACAAUGUCUGCGAAGGCUCUGAAGCAAGACCUUCGAUGUAUUCCGGAGCCUGAGGGGUCGGUUGAGCCUUACGGCGGCAAGGAGCCGAAACUACAGCGGUAUUACAGCCUGAUAUUUCCUUGCUGGAACUUGGGUACAAUACUUAUAAGUGAUGUCUUGCAUUCUGCAUGGACUCUGAGGAAAAGUUCCGUACAUUUGUUCCGGAAGAAACUAGAGAGAUAUGAGUCAUCGAUGCAUAAACACAGCAAAGAGACGCCUGUAGGUCCGUGGAAAGAAGACACCUGUAAUUCCGUUGAAAGACGCACCGUUUAUAACGACUGAUGAUAAUGUAUUCCAUGUACAUGACGAACUGCGUUGGGGCGGCCCCAAACGAAACGGUUAAUAAAGUUUGAGA